GUAUGACAGUUCGUGUUGUGCCAUGGAUUCAAAACGGGCGAGUUACUACGAAAAGAAGUAUGGUGAGAGGCGGCCUAAACCAAAAGUGAUGAGUAACUACACCAAGUUCCUGAAGAACUUGCACACGGAGCAGAUCGCCAAGCUCCACGCCAAGAACCAGCAUGAGUGCGACCUGCUGGAAGACCUGCGAACCUACACCAUCAAGCGGUCAGCCAUUGAGAAGAGCUACUCCGAGGCCUUGCUGAAAAUAUCUUCAGGGUACCUCAGUAAGAAGAUCCCGAACAUCCCAGACAUCAAAGUCGACGGAGCGGAGGAAAAAUGGAACAUGUGGAACGUGUGGCGCACAGUUCUGGAGGAGAACGAAAAGCUGGCGCGCGCGCGCCUCGCCGCCGUCGAGGUGUUCCAGCAGCAGAUCGCCGACGAGGCCAAAAUGCUGCGCCAGCAUAAGAUCAACGUCGCUAAGAAGUGCACAGACUCGCUGGCGCAAGCGCACAAGGAGCUGCAGCUCACGGUGAUCGACGUGGACAAGACCAAGAAGCUGUACUUCGACGAGGAACACACGGCGCACGACGUCAGGGACAAGGCUAAGGAUAUUGAGGAGAAAUUAAAGAAGAAGAAAGGCUCCUUCUUCCAGUCAAUAACAUCGCUCCAGAAGAAUAGCGCCAAGGUGUCCUCGCGUCGCGAUCAGCUCGAGGAGAAGUCCACGGGCGCUAGGAACGACUACCUGCUCAGCAUCGCCGCUGCUAAUGCCCACCAGAAUCGCUAUUUUCUCGUAGAACUGCAGACCUGCAUGCAAAACAUGGAGUCAGCCGUAUAUGAAAAGGUGUCAGAGUUCCUGACCCUCAUGGGCCGCACAGAGCUGCUGACGUGCUCGGCUACCCAGCAUUCUUUCGGCAAGAUCCGCGACCAGGCGCAACAGCUCACCAGGGACUACAACCUGCAGUGCGUGUAUCUCUACUACCCGGUGCUGAAGCAACACAUCCAGUACGACUACGAGCCAUGCGACAACGACCCGGUCGACAUCGUGACCAUGGAACAUGAGUCAGUGGCACAGACCCUGGCGCAGGAGGCGCGGCGUUGGGCCACGCGCGUGGUCCGCGAGACCGCGCUGGUGCGGGACGCCACCCGCAAGCUGCACCUGUACCAGGCCAUGCGCGAGGCGGGGCAGAAGACGGACCCGAACGACCCGAAUGGUCCGGACCUGGAGACACGCAUGGACGAGCUGCGCUCCAACAUCCGCCGCUCCGAGACCUCGAAGGCCAAGUACGAGGCUCGCCUCGAGUGCCUGCGGACCAGUGGCGCCCCCGUCGACGAGUGGCUUAAAGAGAUUGACUUGCUGGCUGUCCAGGACACGCUGCCAAGGAGCUCCAGCCUGCUCAGCGUUAGGACUGACGCGUCCGGUGCUGCAGACCAACCGAGCUCGGACUCGUUUUACGACAGCGACAACACGGAGGGCGAGCAGGCGCCGGCCGCGUCCGUGUCGGGCCACCAACGGACCACCUCCGGCUCGCAGCACGAGGACGACCACGACGAGGAUGUGGACAGAGACCGGCCGAUCGGCUGGGACCCGCCGGCGGACGAUGCGCCUGCCGGCUGGGAUACAAGCGUUUGUUCCGCAGCGCUGGAGGAGCGGCAGCACAUGGAGCAGCUGGCCGUGGGCUGGGAUGACCCCACGCAGGUCAAUUGGGGCGAGGAGGCGGAGCCCGAGCCGCCGGCCGCGGGCGUCGAGGCGCCCGCUGCCCCGCUGUACAAGUGCACCGCGCUAUACUCCUACACGGCCCAAAACCCAGACGAACUGUCGAUCAUCGAAAACGAGCAGCUGGAAGUGGUAGGUGAGGGCGAUGGCGACGGCUGGCUGCGCGCGCGCAACUACCGCGGCGAGGAGGGCUACGUGCCGCACAACUAUCUCGACGUGGAACGGGAACAGGCCUCAUCCAAUCCUGGUCUGGUCACUCAGAUAUCGUUCUCCUCGGUGGACUAUACCGUGGAGGGGGAGGACGCGGACGUGGUGCAGUCGCCCGACCAGAUCUCCGUGAUCUCGGCGCCGGUGGCGAAGCCCGAGGAGCCCAAGCCGGAGGCCCUCAACGCGGAGCUUGCGCGCGCCGUCGAGGAGUCGCAGGCGGAAUGGCCCACCCUGGGAUACUGCUUCGCAUUGUACGACUACGAUGCUGAUGCUACUGAUGAACUCAAUCUUGAGGAAGGACAGAUUAUACGCGUGGUAUCUCGCGACGCUCACGGCGUAGACGACGGCUGGUGGCGUGGCGAAGCCAACGGCGUCAUGGGCAACUUCCCAUCGCUCAUCGUCGAGGAGUGUGACGAGAAUGGAGAGCCGCUGAGCGGCGGUGAAGAUGAAUGGUCACCACCGGACUCCGCGCCGCCGGUGUUCGCGUCUCCCCCUGGCUCGCCCUCCGCCGGGGGCUUCGACGACCAAAUGAUCCUGGGAGACAACAACAAUGGGAAAGACGCGCCGCCACCCGCGGCGCCGCCGCCGCCGCCGCCCGCCGACGCCGACGCCGACGCCGAAGGCGACAUCGACCUAGGCGACUCCAUGGACAGUCAGCCCGACUUCAGCUUUAACCUCGAGCUGACUAAGAACCAAGUCGAGCAAUACGGGACACAGUUCGAGGGCGAGGAGGCGACCGCCGUCGCGCCCGCCGUUACUAUCGUUGUCGAUGAGGUUGUCGCUGAGAAUUGGAGCGAGGACGAGGAGGAGCCGGCGCCGCCGCCGCCGAAGCCUGUGCCGCCCAAAGUUGAGCUCCCGGACGACGGCGGGCUCGGCGUGGCGCAGAUCGUCAUCACCGCCGCCACGCCCAUGGUGGAGGAGCCCGAGCAGCCCUUCCCGCCGCCCGAGCCGGAGCCCGAGCCCGAGGAGGACGAGUCCUCGGUGUCCGAGCAGACGGCCGUGUGCGUGCCGGACGCGCACGCGGACACGGCCGCGGCGCCGCCCGCCAGCAGCUCUACGGCCUCCGAGGGCGAGUCCCCCGGCGCCUCCGGCCCGCCCACGGCGCCGCAGUCGCCGCCCGCGGCGCCGCGCGCCGGCCGCGCCUCCAUCCCCGACGAGCUCGAGCCGGCCCAGCUCGCUAGGCUCACCGACCUCAAGGAAUCCAACGCUUAAACUUGCGACUCUAUCUAUUUCUUUCUCUAUGGAAGGACCGUUUUUCACUCUCUCGUUUCGGUGACGUCGUGGCUAACACCCAAGUUAGAAUGAAUGUAUUGUAUCUCGCUCAGUAUACGAAUAUGGAUCAUAGAACUUUACAAUUUCAUAAUUUUAUCUCAUACUUGCACUGGCAGCAUAGCGAAAGAGUAUAACUCUAGCGUACUGAAAAUUAUGAUGUGCUCUAAGCGAUUGCGGUGAGUAUCAUAACACAUUUUCUUAUACCAGGUACACAAAAUAGGCUCGAUGAAACCAUCGAGGUCAGCUAAGUAUAUUUUAAAUACAUACUAGACCCAGUGCUGCGAGCGAGUGUGCAACGGUUCAGACGGGCCAGCAGCCGGCCGGACAGUUGGUCAACCGGGCCGGUUUGGUCGGUCGGGCAGGGAUGGUCGGCCGGGCCGGGAAGGUCGGCCGGGCGGACUUGGUCGGUCGAGCCAGGUUGGUCGGCCGCACUCGGGUUGGUCGGCCGCGCGCCCGGUAGAGCUGUAAAUACGUACUUAUUAUAUACUGGUUACUGCUAGGUGUAAUAGCACGAUCUAGUACCUGCUGACUAGGGUAUGAGGACAUCGCGAACUGGCCAACGACCCUCUUUAUUAUAAAUGGAUCAUCAUUGUUAAAUACUUACAAUAUAAGUUUCUUUUAAACGCGCAUUCUUAGGUGCCUCAAGACUGUAUAGGAAGUGGUAUACUUUAAUAACUAUAAUCAUAUUAUAUCUUACGUCCAUAUGACGUCAUGUUACAACGAAAUAGUCGGGUGGUUAUUAUCAUAUAUUUAUCACAUGCAAAUACAUUCUUCUUUGUGUUGAACGUGAGAGAUGUUGAUACUCUUUAUGUAUUCGUAUCUGGUGAGAAAACGUCGCUACUAUUUAGCGCGCUACAGGAGGGUAAAUCAAAGAAUAAAGGUCAAAAAAAGAUCACUGCGAUCUAUUUAUACAAAAACUAACAUCUAUGCUCAUACAACGAGAUAAAUAAUCGAGUAAUACAAAAUCAGUAAAAAGAAAUAGCAUUUUAACUUGUUUCGUUGUCGGAGAGUAGGUAAAUGAGUUGGAAAUAAAUAUUUAUCGCAUAAAAAACUGUUGAGCAUGUUUGGGCUUCACAUUCAAAAAUGUGUCUGCGUGCGAAAUAGCGAUGUUUGAUGUGACUGUUUCCAAUGUAGAUAGAUUUAUAACUUUACCAAGAUUUUAUAAUAAAUGAGAAAUUAUCUAAAAAUAUGCAAAUAUAUAUGAAAAAAAAUAUCAAUUACAAAUCAAUUCAGUUCCAAAUGGCUGGUAAUAGUACAUAUUAUAUAGGUUAUUUAGCAAAUUUUUUCAUACUUUAUAAAAAAUCUAUAGAAAAUAUGUCCUCAUUUCCAGUUAAAGCGAAAUUUGGCUUUUAUAUACUAAAUAUGAACCAAUUCUCCUAAUCUUUUAAAAUCUAGAUAGAAAUUGUUUUUAUUUAUUGUUUCAAAAUAAAUGUUUUUAGUACACAACAGACGCUUGUGAUAAACUUGAUUUGCUUCUGUUAGUCAUAAUGCACGUGUCUAUAAACGAAUCCUAAACGAAGUACAAAUAAAUACAUUCCAGUCAAUUGAUGACAUUUAUCUAAACAUACAGAAAUGCAAUAGAUUUGUCAUUUCUUUGUUUUGCCAAAAAGACGUACUUUUAAACAAAACGGAUGUGACCGAUU